AUGUGGAAGGACAACAGCAAUGAAGACACCCGACCCUCCGGCAGUGGUUCCUCUCGCAGCGCCAGCCGCAGGAAGAGAACCAGCUUCUCCAAAGAGCACGUGGAGCUGCUGCGAGCCACCUUCGAGACCGACCCAUACCCAGGCAUCAGCCUGCGAGAGAGCCUGUCCCAGACCACCGGCCUACCAGAGUCACGCAUACAGGUGUGGUUUCAGAACAGAAGAGCUCGCACUCUGAAGUGUAAGGGAGCAAAGAAAGCUCUGUGGCAGUCCGACAGCCCCGUCCACAACACUCUGUCUCCUCCUCAUACUAACAGGAGCCUUCCUCAGGGGCCCCCGCCUGCCUACCCUGCCCAGGUGAAGGAGGAGAUGGAGGAAGCCUGCUACUAUGGACAGCACCCUCCAGCCUACACCAGCAUGGAGGAGCACGGCCACUACAGUUCUGUGUACGGACUCCAUCAGGGCCAACAGCUCGGAAACAGCUGCAGUCCUCCUCUGAAUGGCCUCUGGUCUCAGCCCGACAGCCACAACCCCCCUGGCCCCCCACUGUGGUGCCACUCGCCAAUGGAGAUGAGAAACUACAGCUCAAACUUCAUGUAUCCCGGCUCAGCAGAACAGAUCUACAUGCCAGGUUCCACCUCCCACUUCUCCACCCCUGACACGCCUGACUCUGGUUACUGGGAUGUCAGCAUGGAGAACAGCCCCCCUAUGGAGAGUCCAUACUCUCAGAUGCAGGAUUCAUGGGGCGGGGCUGCUCUGGAUGACAGUAGGGAGCCCGGGUACACAGCACUGGUCCCACCAGCUCCUCUGCCUGAGCUGUCCCUGCAGGAGAUCCUGGGGGAGCUGAACGAGGAGUGGCUGGGAGGAGAAGGCCUGGAAAACCACGCUGCUAUGGAUAAAACUUUCUGCUAA